UUGGCGGUGCACGUCGUCUCGAUUCGCUUACAUUUGUUAUUUUUAAUAAACAAUCGCAUAUAUUUUUUUAAUGAAAGCUGUGACUGUUGACGUUUUAAGUGCAAGUGUGGUGACUGGAUAUUCGAUUAAGAUUUUUUCGUGUGCAUAAAAGUUUUUUUUUAAGUAAAAUUGACAAGUGAGCAUGUGUUCUGUGCUGUAUUUAUUAUUAUGCGAAUGGAUUGCUACCGCUCCGAUAUAGUAUGACACAAGAUGACCUGAGAAGUCAAGAUAGAUUACAAAUGAAAUGCGAGUGGAGGAUCGAUAUUGCUGCAUAACAUAAGAAUAAAAAAACGGAAGAAUGAGACAAGUAAAAUUGGACAGAGCACAAUACUAUAUUAUGAACGAUGCGAAUCAUAAAUUAUAACACAAAGGCAAUAAUGAAGAAAAAAAUGGAUGAAAUACGUCUUGAGUUGACUUGACGAUAGUUGGUGUUGGUAUUAAAAAAACUAAUAAUUUUGAAGGACGUUGUGAUAAAAUAGGUUGUGAUGUUGUUGAAAAUACUGUGAAAAUAGGACUGAAGAAUGUUAUUGUGCUAGGAAUUUAAAUAAUGCCUGAUAGGGAAUCAGUGGGAGGUCCGGGGACAGCUGGCAGUGGAGGUUUCUUGCCUCUGCAGUUCCCAUCGGCUUUUGCAGCCUUCCAUGCGUCUACAGCUCCUGGUGCAUCCGCUACAGCCAUGCAUCAUGCCACACAUUAUCAUCAUCAUGCUCAGCUUGCCGCGGCGGCGGCAGCGGCGGCUGGAGCUACCACCGAACUGAGCUACCUCGCCGCUCUUCAUCCCGCGUACCGCCCUGUGCCAUAUGACCAUCCACUUUACGGUGCUAAUACUUUAAGAGGUUUAGAGUACUUAAGUGCAGCGAGGAGUCUACAUCCAGAGCUGCAUGCUGGCAGUACCCUCGCCAGUCAAGACUUCCAAUUAAGUUUAGAAGGUUCAAGAAUAGCAUCUCCUACCCGUUUGAGGUUAUCAGGAGGUGCGAUUGGCGCUUCAGUCAAUCGCAAGCGGGCGGUGUCCUGGAGUCCAUACUCUGCUGAGUCCCUCGAUUUGGCAGCCGUGAUCCGAGCAUCGCCCGCCAGCUUGGCUGUUAGAGCGCCAUCUGCCGCCUCCACAGGAAGCUAUGGACACCUCAGUGCUGGAGCAAUAUCACCAGCGCUAUCAUUAUCACAUGCGUCACUUGCGCAACAGUUGCUUGCGAGAGGUGGCGUAGUCGGGGGUAGUGGGGUGCUGGCCGGUGGGGUACUGUUGGAUCCUGCCCACCAACAGGCGGCGGCGGCAGCGGCCCACCAUGCAGCGCAUGCGCAUCUGGUCGCUGGAAUCCACAGAUCUCAUAUAUCGUCCCCUACACAACUUCUUAUGGGCACACCAGUCGACGUCAGACAGAUGGGGUUGGAUGGCACCCCACCACAACACAUGCAGCAACCCCCUCAACAACAGGAAGUGACCAGCAUCAUGGAAGCGGACAGCGCUUCAAAUAUAAUUCAGAGGAAGUCACCACAAAGCUUAAUGAAUAGAGAUAAUCACCAUAGCAACAAGCCGCUAUCUGCAGCAGCCGAAAGUACCGUCCAUGAUGGUGUGGACUCUAAAGAUGAACCUGGAGAUUUCAUCGAGACCAACUGUCAUUGGGUGGAUUGUAAGUUGGAGUUUCCAACACAAGACGAUUUAGUAAAACACAUCAAUACGGAUCACAUCCACGCGAGCAAGAAGGCCUUCGUCUGCCGCUGGGUUGGAUGUUCUCGUGAUGAAAAGCCUUUUAAAGCUCAAUACAUGUUGGUCGUGCAUAUGAGGAGGCAUACAGGAGAAAAACCUCAUAAAUGCACUUUUGAGGGUUGUUGCAAAGCUUAUUCUCGUCUCGAAAACUUAAAAACCCACCUUCGAAGUCAUACGGGAGAAAAACCUUACACAUGCGAGUAUCCCGGUUGCGCGAAAGCCUUCUCCAAUGCUAGCGAUAGAGCGAAACAUCAGAACAGAACGCAUAGCAAUGAGAAACCGUACGUCUGCAAAGCUCCUGGUUGUACGAAGAGGUACACCGAUCCUUCAUCACUUCGGAAGCAUGUGAAGACCGUGCAUGGUGCUGAAUUCUACGCCAGUAAAAAACAUAAAGGUUGUAGCCGAGGCGAUGAUUCCGCGGAAUCAGGAGGUGGCGGAGCUGGUUCUUCUCCACGUUCUGAAGAAGGCGGAGUACCAAUUGGGGUUAGGGGGCAUACGUCUUCAGCGUCAGUCAAGAGCGAAAGCCCUGCAUCACCACUGCCUCUUGGGUUGCAUACUCCUGCACAUCAGUUAUCUGCCCAAUGUGGUGGGGAGCUGGAUUUCGGCGGAUCUGGGCUUGGUGGAUUCAAUGACGAGAAUGGUGCUCCCUACUUCAGGCUUGAUGGAGAGGUGGAGCAAGAAGUGGUUGGUGAAGUGGGUCAACUGCCACUAAUGCUUCGUGCUAUGGUUGCCAUCGGUGAACCACGUGCCCAUCACCACACGCCGCGGUUCGGGAACAACAAAAUGGGGGUCGGACGAUUGAUGCCGCCCGGACAUGGGGCUGAUAUCGGUGGAGGUAACAUCCCAGGGCGCACUGAACUAGGAAACACAUCCGUAGCUGUAGAAAUAAAAACGGGCGUUCCUAAUACUAGGCGAGACUCUGGUAUUUCUUCUGGAAGUAGCCUUUAUAGUGCCAGGUCAUCAGAUAUAUCCCGUAAAAGUAGCCAAGCGUCAGUUGUAUCUGGAGCUGUAGCAGCAACAGUAGGCGUCGUCGCGGCACAGCGACUAGUUGCACACCAGGCUGUAGUUUAUGACCAGUUAUCACCUGAUAGCAGUCGGAGAUCUAGUCAAGUAUCAUGUGUUGGUUAUGCCCCGGCACCAUCAUCAGCUCUUGCAGCUGUUCAAGCGGUCAGAACAUCCCAAGGCAAUCAGGCGGUACUCCUUCGAGGUGUGACAUGUUCGGAAGUCAGAGCUGAAGAGUUGGCGUUGGAAUUGGAUCCUAACGUCCAAGUCAAGGAGGAAGCCAGGCGACUCUCGGAGCAGUCCAACUUGAGUGAUCAGACCCAGGCAUACCAAGCGUAUCCCUGUGGUACGGAUGAUGUGGGUGAUGCUCCAUUCCCGUUUAAAACAGAAGAUGAUCAUGAUACGGUGACAUACAAGGAGUCACGUUCGAACUCCACGAAUACUGUGGUCAUAACAACCGCUCAGGUCCAUCAUCCCAACCAAGAAGUUAAUCUGGAACAGGUAGCGGAAGGUGAAAUGGUGGAGAAUAAGCUGGUAAUACCAGAUGAAAUGAUGCAAUAUCUUAACCAAUCAAUAUUGGGAACCGAAUCGGUAGUACCAGCAAAAACUGAAUCCACCAACCCACCUAAUCCAAAAGCGGCAAAUAAAGACAAUAAUAUUCCAACCAAAGACAAUACAAACAGUGAAAUACAAAACACAAACAAUUCCAGUGACAAAAUCAGUGAUGUAGCGACCAGUGACGAUUCUCUACUCAAAAAUUUAGGUGCCAUAGGAAGUGAUCUCAAUAUAAGUGAUAUUCCAGUUGAUUUAAGAUCUUUAGACGUUAGCAUGUCAGGUAAUAGUGGCUCUCUUUUAGUUACUAAAUCACCAGAUGACAAAAAUCCUCUCCAAGAACAGGUCAUACCUGAAAUUAGCCCAGAAAAUUGUGAACAAGACUAUACGCAAUCGUCGAAUAAUAUUGUGACAAAUAAUCCAUUACAGUCAUUACAAACAAUGGCGGCAAAUCAGCCGGAACACUCUAAUAGAAUGAGAAUUAAUACUUUACCUCAGAAGCAAAAUCAAAUGAGUCCUAAAUCAAAGGGUUCGCAGAACGCAAGCCCGCAAAGUAUGCCACAUAAUAUGUUGAGUCCACAAAGUCUACCACCGCUGGUGUCAAUGAGUCCAAGGAGUGUUAUGAGUCCUCAUAACAUGCCUCAUAGUGUUAUGAGCCCACCGAGUGUAUAUAACGUAAUGAGUCCACAGAGCGUCAUGAGCGUUAUGUCACCUCAACAUAAUGCUAUGAGUCCGCAAAGUAUGCAAAGUUUGAUGAGUCCACAAAUGCCUCAAAUGAUGAUGAGCCCACGUCAUAACAAUGUUAGUAGUCCAAUGUCUCAAAAUAUGGCAAGCCCUAUGAUGAACAUGGCGAGCCCUAUGCCACAAAAUAUAGCCAGCCCUAUGAGUCAUGGUAUGCCAAGUCCGAUGCAUCCAGGACUUCAGAGUCCAAUGGCGCAAGGUGCAAUAAAUCCGAUGGUACAGAAUAUUCCGAAUAUGAAUGCUUCGGUGCCAAUACAAAACCAAAAUAUGAUAAACAUGAAUGGAGUUCCCCAAACGCAACCAGCACCUCCAAGUUAUAUGAAUCCACAUCAAAACUAUAAUCCCAAAGUAACAAAUAGAAAUAAUGGUCCUACACAAUAUCAGAAUCAAAACUUCAACCAAAUACCACCAUAUCCAAUACAGAAUCAGCAAAAUGUAAAUUUGAGGAAUCAAAACAUGCAACAGUAUCCGAUGAUGCAGCAAUAUAAUCAAAAUCAAAUGCCAGUUCUGCAUCAGAUGCCUUCGAAUCAGCAAAACAUGAUCUAUAACAAUAAUCAGAUGAUCAAUUAUUCUCAGUCUAUCAAUUACCAAAGCCAAAACAGUCAGAUACAUCCCUUACAAAUGUCAAGAUCAUCUGUGAUGAGCGUGGACAAUAGUGGAAAUAUGAGCAGAGGAGCAAUAAACAACUACUGCGAUCAACAGAAUCAAAUGCAAAAUAUUCAAUACAAUCAAAAUAUGCAAUAUCCUCAACCUCCACCAUAUAAUUCUGUUGUAAAUCCAGUAGCAAAUGCGACGAAUGUCAUGGGUCCUCCCCCUCCGAAGAACAAUCAUCAAUAUAACCAAGCAAUGAUGAACAAUAACCAGUAUUAUAAUCAUCAGAGGCCAUACAAUCAAUGGGAUUACCCUGGUAAUCAAUUCAAUAAACAUAACAUGCAGAAAUCUGUCCAGAACUCUGUUAAUAUGUCAACAGGAAGUCAAAAGCCAAAUUGUGCUACUAGAGUAUCUGCAAAUUGUAAUCAGAUGCUGAAAAAUGGUGAUCAGCAAACAGAUUGCAGUAUGAACAGCUUGAGAAGCGGAAAUAACCAAGCUAGUGAUGUUCAGGUGUGGGAUAUAUCACAGUCGCAGAUAGAAGCAUCGAAUGGAAGAAAGAAGAAUCAAAAUAGUACCAUGCGUCAAGAAACUUAUCAAAGAACGCUAGAAUACGUGGAGAACUGUGAGAAUUGGAAGAGUUCAGAAAUGGUGUCGAGUAGUACCCAUCCUCCACAGGGUGGGGAUAACAUGGUUGUGAAUGACCUCCAAACGUCACUUUCUUCAUUUUAUGAAGAGAAUCAGUACCUCCAGAUGAUUCAAUAGAUUAAUUGUAAAAUAUUAUCAAUAACCUCACUAAGUUACGCGAUUCUAUUUCCAUCCAUAUUUUCAUUACUAAAUCUCAUAAUUUCAGUAAUCUAAUAGAAGUAUCUAUAAUUUUUUACAUUACAGUUUAUAUAUAUACAAUUAACUUAGCUUAAACAUUUUAAAGAGAAAACAUCAUGAACAAAUGAUACUAUUUCAUAGACUACUAAUAAUGAUAUCAAAAACUUAAUUUUGAUACAUUGAACUGUUUGUUUACUGGUUUUUGUGUAUUGUGAUGACGAUUUUACCUUUCAUUAUGUUUGUGAUUUGUUUAUUACUUGUUAUAUUUAGCCCUUACUUCUUUUCUAAUUCUGCAGUCUUGUCAAUACCCAAAUUACAAUCUUUCACAUAAAAAACCCUUAUUCUUAAGUCAAGAACGUAAAUAGUAACAAAUAUUACUAUGACAGCCGAGCUGUGGGGUGUGUAUGUUUUCCAGGUUAUGUAAAAAAUCAAAUGGAAAUAGAUAUCGACGUUCGCCCGACGUUCUUCUAAAGCUUGGCGACUGAAGGUGAAGGUUGUAAAACUGUUUUGGAGACUGAUUAUUAUUAAAUUUAUAAAGUUAGUUGAAUACAAUUUAUAAGUACAGUACAAGAUCAUUUAUAAUUAAAAGACACAUUGAGAAAUCAUGUAAAUAUUGUAAUUGUUUCACUGUCUUCCACGAUUAAGAAUAUUUUAUUAUUAAGCAUUUACAUAAAAUUAUAUAAGUAUAUCUCUUAAGUGCCUUAUGUACAUAAUAUAGUGUACAAACUUUAAGAAUUUAAUCUACAAGGGAGUGUAAUAAUGUGCCUCUACAAAAAUUGUUGAAACUAAAAUGUGUUUUAUGCCUUUAUUGUAGAGUUGAAUUUGUCUAUUAUAGUAUGUAAGUUCUGAGAUUAUUAGAAGAAAUAUAAGAAAAUUGUACAAAUAGUGAACAUUUUUCUAGAAUUUUUACAGUGUUGUUGAAUUAGAUAUUAAUUAUCAAUUAUGUUAUAAUAAAAUCAUAGGUAGACAUAAUUUAUAAAGCAAUAUGAAACUUCAUUUUUGUAAGACAUUGAAUCUCCUAGUUUAGAAUUUUAUGAGAUUAUUAGAUGUAAGUAUUUGUUAAUUAUUUUUUAUUUAAAUACGUAAAUGAAUGAUAAACGCACAAAAUAAUUGUAAUAGAUUGAAAGUUAUAGUGUAUUUUGUAAUAAAUUAUUGUUUUUCUAAUGUUGUGAAUGAAACAAUCGAGUACAUCUCUGACAAUAUUUUAAUGA